CCAUACUGUGUUGAAGAUCUUUGUGCAUCAUUUCUGAAGGCACCCUAAGAUGCUUAUGUUAAACUACCCGACGAUUAAACGACGCUGUUCUGCGCCUGAGUUGUGUUGUGAUAAAGUGUAAAACUGACAUAAAAGUGAAUAAUGAGCGCGUACUUACAGGUCGCAGAAGAUGAAGGAGAAGAACCCAUAGAACUCCCUACCGAAGAUGAUGGUACAUUAUUGCUUUCAACGCUAGCAGCUCAGUUCCCUGGUACCUGCGGUCUCAAGUAUCGGAAUCCAGAAUCCCGGACAAUGAGAGGCGUUCGACUCGUAGAAGGAAGGUUACACCCUCCAGAGAAUGGCUGGGGAACAGGAGUGUAUUACUGCGUGUUUCCUAAAGAAAACAAGAGAAAAUCUGAUGAUCAUUUGGAAAAUUCUACAGCAAAAACAAAAAGAAUGGAGACAAAAUUAAAGUGUUCGGAUCUCAUAGUGCUCGGAUUGCCUUGGAAGACGACCGAACAGCAGUUGCGAGAAUAUUUUGAAUCCUUUGGCGAAGUACUUAUGGCACAGGUGAAGAAAGAUCCCAAAUCUGGCCAGUCAAAAGGUUUUGGAUUUAUCCGUUUUGGAAACUACGAUUCACAGAUGCGUGUUUUAGCACAGAGGCAUAUGAUUGAUGGGAGGUGGUGUGAUGUGAAGAUCCCAAAUUCAAAGGAGGGACAGGUUCAGCAAGUUCCAUGUAAAGUGUUUGUUGGACGGUGCACUGAAGAUAUGCAGUCGGAUGACUUGCGUGAGUAUUUCUCCAAAUUUGGGGAAGUAACUGACGUCUUCAUCCCUAAACCAUUUCGUGCAUUUGCUUUCGUCACCUUCUUGGAUCCAGAAGUGGCUCAGAACUUGUGUGGUGAAGACCACAUAAUCAAAGGAGUCUCGGUACAUGUGAGCAAUGCGGCACCGAAAACGGAUCCAAACGGUCGCUCUUAUGGGGGCAGAGGCCUCGGAUCUCGGGAGCCGAAGAACUUGGCAGGCCCUUUCGGGGGAGCGGCAGGAGCUGCGCACCACUAUCACCAUCCUGGCGGUCCGGGAGGAGGUGGUGCAGGUGGUGGCGGAUGGAACCGGGCUGGCCCAGGACCAGGAGGCAGGGCUCUAGACAUGCCCAAUCUCCAAGCGUUGGGUAUUACAGGACAGGCCGGUGGCCCAGCUGCAGGUGGGGCUGGUCAAAAUGUUGCCAAUCCACUAGGCAUGGGUGCAUUGAACCUCGGAGCCGUAACUGUCAAUCCUGCACUGGUGGCUGCAGCUCUCAAUCAGGCGGGCUGGGGUCUCAUAGGCAAUUUACAAGGUGGCCAGGCUCCAGGACCUGGGCCAGGGGGUGCUGCAGAGGGAGGCCCGGGUCCGGCAGCAUUCGGUCAGCCUGGAGCUCCGGGAUUUGCUGGAGCACCAGGUGGACCAGGGCCGGGCCCUGCACCUCAGCAAGGAGCUGCACCCCCUGCUGCAGGAGCGCAAGCUGGAGGUAGUUUUCUCAGUUGGAUGAGCCAAGGUACUCCCACUGGGGGAACCGACGCCAGUCAAACUGGCAGUGCUCCUGGUACGAGUACCCCCCAGCAGCCUGGUCCAGCCCCUGGGUCGUGGCCUCAAAGAGGCAACAAGGAAGGCUACCUGAAAUAUGAAUAGGCAGGUAAAAGCAAAGUGGAGAAAAAUGUGCUGUCAGGUCCUUAACACUUUCCAACACAAGGACAAUGCUUUCUUUAUUUACAAAAUGCUUUCUUAACUGAUGUAAAUCGUUUUAUAUUCUUAAGGUAAGUCAUGUCAUUCUGAAAAGUGCUUGCCCACUUUGGUCAUUGGUGCUUCUGUAACUGCCGCGAAAUUUUAGACUUGUGCUUCCUAGGUUUUUCAUCUGAAGUCAUGCCAGUUAUUUCUGAUUACUAAGAUAGAUACUGAACAUAGGAAAACCUAUGUUUGUGAAAUACAACAUUUAAAUGUGCAUCUCAGAGCUCUGAAAGAAAAGUCAUUUAUCCAGCGUAAUUGAAGUAAGAUGAUUGUGUUUGUAUUCAGUGUCCAGAAUCCCAAAAAUAUUCUCCCUCUCCCUCAAAUCUUUGUACUGUCAUCAUCAUCAUCAUCAUCAUCAUCAGUAAAGAUAGGGAACUCAUAGCAUAGUGUGACAUUGUUAAUACUUUGUAGUAUGAAGUCAACAUGGGUUUAUGAAAUCGAGUGUUGGCAGAAUUAUAAAAUUUUUAACUUUCUGUGCUCAGAAAAGUUUUGUUCUUUCUGUUUGUAGAACCUUGCCAUUUUGUAAUGGAUAUCAGGUCAGUCCUUGUUUUAAUUGUUAAAAUUUUGAUAACUUUUGUUCAUGUAUUACUUCAUCUCAGUACUGGCAUCAGAUAAUCAUGAAUUGAGCUGAAUAGCUUAUAUAUGUACGUGCUUCACAGAGGGUUUCUUGUUUUGUUGAGUUCAGUGUUGGGUCAGAUUUUUUUCUCUCCUUUGGUAACCUUAUUUCUGAAACUUACACAAUAAUUCUGCAUCUGACUUUAUAUGUACAUCUGACGAUAAAAUGAGUUCCCAUGAGAUGUAUUGUGAGAGUAACAGAAAUCUCAACAAGCUGAUUAUUUCUCAUUUCACUUAGUUACUUUGUUUCCAGAAUUCUGGUCACUAUAAUACAUAAUAUGGUCUUUUAGAAUUACUUGUAGCCAAUGUAGUCAUUUGUGAUAUUUCAUCAGAAAUGAAGGCGGAGGGAUUAAAAAUGACAUCAUGUAAGAAGUGUGUUGAUAUCAAGUUGUAGUAAUUACUUUGCAG